CCUGAGGGGGCGGGGUCGCCCCCUCGGAUAUAAGACUCCGGAGCCAGCAGCUGCGGCUCCCGAGACCCCGAAAGGCCAUGGUCGCCCCGCGGAUGCCCUGGCUCCUGUCGCAGACGGUGCUCCUCAUGCUCCUUCUUCUCCCCCAGGCACAGCCGGCCGGCGUCUUCGAGCUGCAGAUCCAUUCUUUUGGGCCGGGCCCGGGUCCAGGGACCUCGCGGUCACCAUGCAGCUCCCGGGGACUCUGCCGUCUCUUUUUCCGCGUCUGCCUGAAGCCGGGGGUUUCCGAGGAGGCCGCGGAGUCCCCUUGCUCCCUGGGCGCUGCGCUGAGCGCGCGAGGACCCGUCUACACCGAGCAGCCUGGAGCGCCCGUGCCUGACCUGCCGCUGCCCGAUGGCCUCCUGAGCGUGCCCUUCCGGGACGCCUGGCCGGGCACCUUCUCCCUUAUCAUCGAAACCUGGAGAGAGGAGUUGGGAGAGCAGAUAGGAGGGCCCGGCUGGAGCCUGCUGGGGCGCGUGGCCGGCUGGCGGCGCCUGGCUGCCGGGGCACCGUGGGCCCGGGACGUGCAGCGCGCAGGCGCCUGGGAGCUGCGCUUCUCGUACCGCGCGCGCUGCGAGCCGCCCGCCGUCGGGGCCGCGUGCACGCGUCUCUGCCGCUCGCGCAGUGCCCCCGCGCGGUGCGGCCCGGGACUGCGCCCCUGCGCGCCCGUCGAGGACGAGUGUACUGCACCGCCAGCAUGUCGGGCGGGCUGCAGCCCAGAGCACGGCUUCUGUGAGCAGCCUGACGAGUGUCGAUGCCUGGAGGGCUGGGCUGGGCCUCUCUGCACAGUCCCUGUCUCCACCAGCAGCUGCCUCAACCCCAGGGGCUCAUCCUCUGCCACCACUGGAUGCCUUGUACCUGGGCCCGGGUCCUGUGAUGGGAACCCCUGUGCCAACGGGGGCAGCUGUAGUGAGACCCCCGGGUCCUUCAAGUGUGCCUGCCCCCGUGGAUUCUAUGGGCUGCGGUGUGAGGUGAGCGGGGUGACCUGCGCAGAUGGACCCUGCUUCAACGGUGGCUUGUGUGUGGGGGGUGCAGACCCCGACUCUGCCUACGUCUGCCACUGCCCACCCGGCUUCCAGGGCUCCAACUGUGAGAAGAGGGUGGACCGGUGCAGCCUGCAGCCAUGUCAGAAUGGCGGGCUCUGCCUGGACCUGGGCCACGCCCUGCGCUGCCGCUGCCGCGCGGGCUUUGCGGGUCCUCGCUGCGAGCACGACCUGGACGACUGCGCCGGCCGCGCCUGCGCCAACGGCGGCACGUGCCUGGAGGGCGGCGGCGCGCGCCGCUGCUCCUGCGCGCUGGGCUUCGGCGGCCGCGACUGCCGUGAACGCGCCGACCCGUGCGCCGCGCGCCCCUGCGCUCACGGCGGCCGCUGCUACGCUCACUUCUCCGGUGUCGUCUGCGCUUGCGCGCCCGGCUACAUGGGCGCGCGAUGCGAAUUCGCGGUUCACCCCGAAGGCACGAACGAAGGCGCAGACGCUUUGCCUGCGGCCCCGCCGGGCCCGAGGCAGGCCCCGCAGCAUUUCCUUUUGCCGCCAGCUCUGGGACUGCUCGUGGCCGCGGGCUUGGCCGGCGCUGUGCUCUUGCUGGUCCACGUGCGGCGCCGUGGCUCGGGCAGGGAUAUUGGAUCUCGCCUACUGGCGGGAACCCCGGAACCACCAGCCCACGUACACUCUGACGCACUCAACAACCUGCGGACGCAGGAGGGCUCCGGGGAUGGUGCAAGCCUGUCCGCUGACGCUGAUUGGAAUUGCCCUGAAGACGGAGACUCUCGAGCAAUUUACAUUAUAUCUGCUCCUUCGAUCUAUGCCCGGGAGGCCUGACCUGCCUGUUCUCCACAACAGAGCCUGGAUGUUUCUUGGUGGUGCUCAGUGUCUGCUCCAGAUACUUUGAAGUUCAAGCUGGAAGGAGAGGCUAGGAGAAUUUACCUUUGAACGUUGUACAUAUUGUUAUUUAUAUCAUAUAUUUUUCUCUCCCCAUCUUUCCAGAGAUGCAUAUAAAGGCUCUUAUUUUCAUCGAUUUUGACUAGUCGGUCUUGUCUUAGUGCUUUAUAUUUGGUGUUGGGCCUGAGAGGAGAGAUUUUGUGUCCUGAGGAGAACAGAUAGGACUCUCUCUAUUGCAGGAAGAAGAAAGAACUCAAAUUGGUUGAAAUAGUAAAAGAGGAUGUAUUAGUUCAUAAAAAAGGAAAAGCCUGUUGUAACUUCAGGCAAGGCUGGAUCCAGAGGCUCAGUGCCUUCAGUCUCUCUCCAGUUGGCUCUUUUACCCUAGGGUGACUUUAUUAGUAGGCAGAUCCUCAUUGGCCCUGGUUUGUCACAUGGCCAUGUCUGAACCAGUUAUCAGGGAAGUAUGGCUUACUCUGAUUGGCCAAGCUUGGUCAUGUGCCCACUGUGUGUCAGGAUGUAGAGUCAGGCUACCCAAAUCUCAUGCAAUGGCAUGGAUGAGGGUCAGUACCCCACUAAAAAGAAAAAAAAUCAUUACCAGGCAGGCAAUCCCAACACAGUCAACCGGUUAGAGCAGAAGGAACCCGUUUUACAGAGGACAAAGAUAAGGAUCAGAGAGUGAAGUAAAUGUUACAAAGACAGAGCAAGUGAGUUAUGACAGCUUGGACAGAAUCAUCUUUUAUAAAGAACUCACUGGGUUCUGUGGAAAUGUGUUGUGCUUCUCAAUUUCUAAAAAGCAAAAUGGGAAUGCGUUGGCUAUCUUCAAUAUCCUGGUGUUUACAAGGUGUUACAUAAAAUUAAAAGCCUCAAGAAUAACUUAGCGUAACUUCAAAAAUGAAAAAUACACACACCCCUAAACCCAACAGUUGCACUUCUAGGAAUUUAUCCUACACAUAUGCUUUCAUUUAUGUACAAAGAUGUCUAUGUUGCAGCAUUGUUUAUAAUAGCAAAAGACUGGAAACAAUCUAAAUGUCUGAUGAAAGGGGACUGGUUACAUUAUGGGCCAUUUAUAAACAGAAUAUUAUGCAUGUGAUAAAAUUAUGAGGCAGAUCUGUAUGUGCAAAUCUGAAAUGAUCAUCAAGAUAUUUUUUCCCCAAGGGAAAAAAAGCAAGAUUCAAAAGAAGGUAUAGGCAUACCUCGUUUUACUAUGCUUCACUUUAUUGUGCUUUGC